GGCCGGAGAACGGAGGCGGUGAGGAGGGGAGGCGCGCGAUCGUGGGCGUGGGAGGGGGAGGGGCGGCCGGUCUUACGUGGCCCGCGGGUUGACCUGGGCCCUGGGGCCGAGCCGGGCAGCGGUGGCCGGUCUGAUCAGGGCUACGUGCGGAGGUGCCACGGUCCUAGCCCUGUUUGAGGACUAUCUCAGUGGACGGGCGCCCCUCACCGCCCCGUCCUUUGCAUUCCAGCAAAAAAAAAUCUGAAAAAGUUAGAGCGAGCUGGGGGCUCUGACCCCCAAGAAGCGCAGCGCGCCUUACCCUUAUCCUUGGUUUUCUAGUGAGACUACUGGCUUUAACGAAGUGUAGCGUAAGCAGAUACUGACCCACAUGCCGCUGUCGACUGCUAUUCCUUAUGUUCGUUGUUUCAUGCCUUUGAUCUAGGACUUAGAUUUCUUCACCAAAAAAGUCGACUAAACUAUAGCAGCCCUAAGCCACUGAGAUUUUCAGAAUGACUGACACUCCUGAUGCUGUUCCAAAUUUUGAAGAGAUGUUUGCCAAUAGAUUCACAGAAGAUGAUACAGAGUAUCAAGAAUACCUGAAACGCCCUGCAGAUUCCCCUCCUAUUGUUGAAGAGUGGAAUAGUAGAUCUGGUGGUAAUCAAAGAAACAGAGGCAAUCGGUUGCAAGAUAACAGACACUUUCGAGGAAGGGAUGGCAGGCGGGGUUGGCCAAGUGACAACAGAUCUAAUCAGUGGCAUGGAAGACCCUGGGGUAAUAACUAUCAGCAGCACAGACAAGACCCUUACUACCAUCAUCAGUAUGGACAAUAUGGUUAUAAUCAACGGCCUCCUUAUGGCUACUAUUAAUGUUGGCAGCCAUCAAGUAAAACCAAUUACAUUCUCUUCUAACAUGUCAGAAGCUUGCCUGUUUCCUCUGUUUGGUUAUGUUUUUUGUAUAUGAUUUUGUAUAGAUAAUAUUAGGCAACUUGAGGCUGUCAUGUACAAAUAAACUAGAAAGAAGUGAUGAUAACUGGGAAUGAUAAAUCCUGUAGAGAAGUUAUGGACUAUAUUGUUCAACUUCUACCUCAAAUUCAUCUCUAUUUCAUAUUUUGUUAGUGCGUUGAAUUUCCUGUGUUUUCCAUGUAAGGCUGCUAGUAGUCAUAAGUUUGUAACAUAGGCAUAAUUAGGAAUAGGAAAAACAUUUGCUUUCUUUCAAAUUUAAAGGAAUUUCUAUAAACAUGGAUGUGAUUAUUUCUGGAAUUUUGCAGACUUUAAUGAAAUAAUUCAUCAAGAGACAGUUAUAUUUAGCUUACAAAAUAUCAUAUUUAACAGCAGCUGAAAACAUAAUUGAUUUACCUUUCAUUUGACUUUGAUGAUUUUGAAAUAAUAACUGUACUAUGUGAAUGCCUAUUUUAAAGGUCUGAGUUCUGUACUAGUAACAAAAGGAAGACAAGAAUAAAGAUGUAAGAUAAGCAAAGAA